AUGCUUCAGAAGCGAGGGAGUGGAGCUGCAGAUCUCUGCAGAUCUCUGAAGAUGGAGGAGCUCUGCUUUCCACAGCUGAUCAACACCUCCUGCAGGAGGCCCGGCCCUCCGCGGCCCAGAGCGGUGCUGGUUAACUGCCUGCUGUACUCCGUCUCUCUGCUCACUGUGGCUCUCAACCUGCUCGUCAUCAUCUCUGUGUCACACUUCAGGCAGCUGCACACGCCCACCAACAUCCUCCUCCUCGCGCUGGCGGUCUCAGACUUUCUCGUGGGCUUCCUGCUGCUUCCCGUAGAAAUCCUCUCAACAACAUCCUGCUGGUUUCUCGGUGACUUCGUGUGUUCACUUUAUAACUCUGUGUCCUUCAUCAUCACCUCUGCCUCAGUGGGGGACAUAGUGCUCAUAUCCGUCGACCGCUACGUGGCCAUUUGUGACCCUCUGCGUUACACCACCAGGGUCACCGUGCGAAGGGUUAAAGUGUGCGUGUGUGCGUGUUGGCUGUGCGCUGCCAUCUACAGCGGCCUCAUACUAAAGGACGACCUCGCGGAGCCGGGCAGGUAUCACACCUGCAGGGGAGAGUGUGUGAUUGUCAUUAACUACGUCGAAGGAGCCGUCGACCUGGUUUUAACCUUCGUUGCUCCCAUCACUGUCAUCCUGGUCCUGUACCUGAGAGUCUUCGCUGCGGCCGUGUCUCAGGCUCGCGCCAUGCGCUCUCACGUGAUCGCUCUGCAGCUCUCAGUGGCCCCAAAAACAAAGAAAUCAGAGCUGAAAGCAGCCAGGACGCUCGGUGUUCUGGUGGCUGUGUUUCUGAUGUGUUUCUGUCCGUAUUACGGAGUCUCUCUGGCAGGAGACACGGUCGAUUCUUCCUCUGCGUCCUUUGUCCUCUACCUGUUUUACUUUAACUCCUGUCUGAACCCUGUGAUCUACGCCUGGUUUUACUGCUGGUUUAGGAAAGCAGUUAAAGUCAUCGUCACGCUUGAGAUUCUGCAGCCCGGCUCCAGUAAGACCAAAAUACUGUGA